AACGUGCGCUUCGCCUCCGCCGUCAACUCGGUGUGCGCCGCCGCGCGCUACCACUACGUCACCGUCCUCAUGAAGGGCGAGGCCGAGCCGGGGGCCGAGCCGCGCAACCGCGAGCCCGACAAGAACGAGGGUUGGGAAUGGGUUAAAUGGGAUGAAUUUCCUCCAGCGGAUCAACUGUUCUGGGCAUUACGCUGUUUAAGAGAGCAAGGUUACAAUCCCUUUACAGAAGAGCUCGAUCAUCUAAAGGGCUACACGGGAAGCCACCAACUAGUGUAAAAACCAAUUGUACAUUAUGUAACAAACAAAGGACAGACCUGAUUUUUUGGUGUAAAAGAGAAAAAGAUUAUCAUGCUCACAGUGCUCAUGUGAAACUACUACCCUUCCCAAAGCCAAAAAGAUGCCAAAUGCCUCAGUGGUUUUACCAUGUUUCAUACAACAGUUGUCUCUCAUUCCAGAGCUAUUUCUGGCUCUAGUGGUUAACAGUUAAUGUUUUCUUUUCUAGAAGACUCACAGUGUUUGAUCUGGUUAAUCUUUAUAUAGAUUAAUAGCCCUUUGGAGGUCACAACUAGUCAAGGAAGCUUACUCACUUGGAAACAGUUGCAGCAUCAGGCCCAAAAGAAACUGUUUCGUUUAAACCACUUUCUAUGUAGAACUGCUUCAUAUAUUAUGCUGCUUUCCUGUAAUUAUAAAUCUUGGACCAAUUUUUAAACUUAGUCUUAUCUUACACCUUAAGUUAAGACACUGUCAUGAACAAAAGACAUUUUACAGACAAUGCCUCAUUCUCCUGCAGACAGUAGUACAUACUCAAAAAUCCGGGUAUUAUAAACAUGAAAGGGUUGCAGUGGCUUGUUGCAGGGAAUGAAUAUUCCUUGACCAUUCUUGCCACCCCCUUUCAUUGGAGUUCUGUUUGUAGCCUCAGUUACAUUAGAGUUUAUCUACAGAAGUGUGUAUCUGCAGUUGAUCUUAAUUCCUGAUCAUGUUACUAAAUUCUUAAUAGUUUAAUGGAGAGGUGCCGACAGUCUUCUACUAGGCUGAUACAAAUAACAUUGUACAAACUAAUAUCACUUACAGGUGUAGUUCUACAGCAGACAGUCAUACAUUUUGGCUAGAGGGUUGUCAGUAUUAAACAGCACAAAUGGGUGUCAUUCUGUAUGGCCACUGGGAUUUGAUAGAAUUGUUAGUUUUCAGUUUGAUGUGACUGAAUGAAAUCACAAUACACAUAAGGCAUAUAGAAAACCAAUUAAUUUAUAUUUUUCAUUUUUCUAGAAUCCGUAACCAGAUUUGAAUCUUUUCCAGCUGCGGUCAUUAGGACAUCAGCAAUUAAUUUUACAAUGUGACUUUAAAAAUAACUGUCUUGCUUUUUUUUUUUCCACUUCAGGGUUCUUUAAAAACACAGGUUUUGUCUGUUUCCUUUAGAUAUACCCCUCGUACAAAAUGUUCUGAGGUACCUUUAAUUUCUUUUAAAUAAAAGAGAAGCACAAUACUGAAGGAUUAAAAUUUUCUGGAAGGACUGACUUUUCAGUUCAAUGAGCUUCAAGGGUUUAAAGCUCUUCUCUGCAUAUGUUUUCUUAAAUGGAGGUGGCUCUUUUUGCUCAAGAAUCAAUGAUAGGAGCUAUAAGAAUGCUACUGACGACUGCAAGCCUCCUGCUUAGAAUUGGCAGUAUUAACUAUGCACAACUUCCCUUAGGACAGAUAUUCUAUGAAGUGAAGAAAGAAGGUAAUGUUAUAAAGCGGUUUUGAAAUUAAAAGUAUCACUGAAAAUGCCUUUACUACUGUAUCUUUGUAGAAAGCCUAUUUUUUCUAUUCAAAAGCAGAGAUUUUCUUUCUGAAAGCAACUUUAUGUACACUGAAUAUUAUUCUGUUCAGCUGUCAACAAAGAGGCUGUAGGAAGAUUUGACAGAUGUCUGCCCAUCUGUCCCAAAGAAUAAUGAAAAAAAGAAAAAAUAUUUAGCACAAUUUUAAAUUUUAGAAGG